AUGCACCCUGGCUCCUUUGAUCAAAGCAUACCUUCGAGACGGACAUUGGCUUCUCUUACAAACAAUAGCAAUCCGCCAAAACCACGGAGAAAUCCGUCAGAGAGAUUUGACCCAAAAUCUAUCGAAAAUGGAUGGUACUCUUAUUGGACAUCCCGCUCGCUUUUCGAGCCCCAAACACCUUCGGCCGAGUCCAAAGAUAAAAUUCGAAUGCUUCUACCCCCUCCUAAUGUUACCGGUCAGCUCCAUAUCGGACAUGCAUUGAUGCUUUCGAUCCAGGAUGCUCUUGCUAGAUAUUAUCGUAUGAAUUCUCAUCCUGUGCAUUGGGCACCAGGUACAGACCACGCCGGUAUUGCGACACAGUCUGUUGUUGAACGCAUGCUCAAAAAAAAGCGCGGAUUAUCAAGGAAUGAUCUAGGAAGAGAGAAUUUUGUUAAAGAGGUUGAAAAAUGGAGGGAUGAGUAUGGUGGCAGAAUCCUGGGUCAAGUGUCGAGAUUAGGUACCUCGACCACCGGGUCGUCCGAGUAUUAUACAUUAGAUAAAGGGCUGAGCGAGGCAGUUACAAAUGCUUUUGUUAGACUGUAUGAAGAAGGGUUAAUCUAUAGAGACACGAGGAUGGUAAAUUGGAGUGUGGGCUUGCAGACAGCCAUAUCUGAUAUCGAAGUUAUCAGCGAGGAUGUUUCGAAAGGGACAAAGAUCGACGGAGUGGAAUUUGGUAUUCUUCACUCUUUUGCAUUUCUAUUAGAAGAUGGUAGUGGGGAAAUUGUAGUUUCUACCACAAGGCCAGAAACGAUUCCAGGUGACCGGGCAGUAGCAGUACAUCCAGAUGAUGAGAGAUACAAGCAUCUUCACUAUAAACGUGUCUACCAUCCCCUCCUCCCAGGUAUGACUUUGCCUAUCGUCCCCGACGCAGAACUGGUGGACCCCUCGUUCGGAACUGGGGCAGUCAAAAUUACACCAUGUCACGAUAUCAACGAUUAUGCAUUCUGGCAACGUCACUCUUUGUCUUAUGUAUCACCCUCCAAUAAAACCCAAGGUAAAAGAGUCGAAAUUCCCCUGGUCCCCGUAUUCUCUUCCACGGGUCAUUAUCUUCCUUCUAGUGGUAUUUCUUCCCUGGUUGGAGUUGACCGUCUACAUGCCCGUAAAUCAAUUGUUCGGCUCCUUGAAGAGGCGGGUGUAUAUCGCGGAAGGAAAGAUCACGAUAUGCGUGUAGGAAAGUGCGAGAGAUCUGGGUGCGUAAUCGAACCUCUUCUCCAGCCACAAUGGUAUCUUUCCACAAAACCAUUAGCCGAAAAAGCUCUAGCACAAUCAGUAUCCCAGGGCUUGAUCAUCAGACCCGAGACUCCGUACUCAGAUGAAUGGAAACGCUGGUUGGGGGUGCUAGAGCCAGGGAAGUUUAAGGAGAGAUGGAUUAUCGCUACCAGCGAAGCAGAUGCAAAAAGCCAGCUUACUGAGGAUGAAAGGCGUAGAGGAUGUGUUCUUGAACAAGAUUCAGAUGUGCUGGACACGUGGUUUUCGUCUGGGCUGUUGCCUCUGAGUACAGCUGGGUGGCGCGGAAAUGAAAUGGCAGAGGGUCACCAAGAAUGGAAGGAAAAUUAUCCUUUGGACUUCAUUGAAAGUGGUGGAGACAUACUAUUCUUCUGGUUGGCAAGAAUGGCCAUGCUUUGUACAUGGUUUUCCGGAAAGUUACCUUUCGGGGAGAUAUUACUUCACCCCCUGGUCUGCGAUGCCAGAGGCCGAAAAAUGUCAAAAUCCGUAGGAAAUGUUCUUGACCCACUCGCCGUCGUUGAGGGGCGGACAAUAGAUAGGAUCAUACAAGAGAUCGAGGCGGAUAGUAAGGAAGAGAUAGAACUUGGAAAAUCAUUGAACACCAACGCUGGAGAAAAGCAGGCAAAAGAUGCUCAAACCCUUGUCCGAAAUAAAAUCAAGGAAGCCCGGAAAACCUUCCCACAAGGAAUCACAGAAAGCGGGGCGGAUCCUUUAAGAAUGGCUUUAGUUGACUACACCAGGCAAGCACGACAGAUCAAUAUGGAACUAAGGCACAUUGAUGCAUUUCGGAGGUUGGGGAUCAAGAUUGAUAAUGCAUUCAAGUUUUUCCAUAACUUCCGGAAGCCCUCCGAUAAGGCCUUUGGAACCGCAAUUGAAGGAAAUAUUAGAACCCCUGCCACGAUAAAAUCCUGGAUAGAGGGGCUAGAUAAGGAAAGGGUGAGACUCCAUGAUUGGUAUAUGCUUUAUCACCUACGAGAACUGGUGGGGGUCUGCAACACGGCAUUUGAGGAAAGAAAACUCUACAAAGCUACAGAGGCGAUUAGAGCAUUCACAUUCGAUGUUUUAUGUGACGUAUACCUGGAGUUUGUUAAGGAGGAAUUGGGAGAUGAAAAUAGACGAGAUAUUGCCAUGGGAAUGAUGUUCCAUGCGCUCGACGUCACAUUACGUCUCACCCACCCUUUCAUGCCCUUCAUCACCGAAGGCCUCUGGCAAGAACUCGACCCCAAGAACAGGGCAGAAGUAGACGGCACCUCAAUCAUGCUUUCAACCUUCCCCAGCGCCAGCAAUUUCCCAGAUAUUGAAUUCUCGCAAGCAGAACCGAUGAAAGGUGUCCUAGAACUUGUAGAAAGCCUGCGACGUUUCAGCCAUGACGUCUCAUCCUCCCCAGACAAGCGUUCUAAAAAGGUCGUAUCGAUUCUUCCACCACAGGACGGAAGUUUAACAGAGUAUCUGAAAGAGAAGAAAGAAACUCUGGCUAGGCUUUCGAAGGUUGAAAUCAGAACGAUCUUUGGUGAGACUCGCUGGAGUGGGGUCGAAGCUGACCUGGUAGGUAGCGCUGAUGGGUGGGUUGAACUCCCACAAUCUAUCGACGGCCAGGAUGGAGUAUUGGUUAUAGGUCGUAGAACGAAUACCCAGUAG